ACUACACUUCUAGACUCUAGUCAGUUCUCACAACCAUCAACAUGAGAGAAAUCGUUCAUAUGCAAACUGGUCAAUGUGGUAAUCAGAUCGGAGCUAAGUUCUGGGAAGUGAUCUCUGAUGAACAUGGUAUUGACCCAACUGGAACUUACCACGGUGAUUCUGAUCUUCAGUUGGAGAGAAUCAACGUUUAUUAUAAUGAAGCUACCGGUGGUAAAUAUGUACCCAGAGCUGUUCUCGUCGACUUGGAACCUGGUACCAUGGAUUCUGUAAGAUCGGGGCCCUUUGGUCAGAUCUUCCGUCCAGAUAACUUUGUCUUCGGACAAUCUGGUGCCGGUAAUAACUGGGCUAAAGGUCAUUACACAGAAGGUGCAGAAUUGGUAGAUUCAGUUCUUGAUGUUGUCCGUAAAGAAGCUGAAAGUUGUGAUUGUCUACAAGGAUUCCAGUUGACCCAUUCUCUGGGUGGUGGAACUGGUUCUGGUAUGGGAACUCUCCUCAUCAGUAAAAUCCGUGAAGAAUAUCCAGAUAGAAUUAUGAACACCUUCUCUGUUUGUCCUUCACCAAAGGUAUCUGAUACUGUUGUGGAACCUUACAACGCCACCCUCUCAGUUCAUCAACUGGUAGAAAAUACAGACGAGACUUACUGUAUUGAUAAUGAGGCUCUAUAUGAUAUCUGUUUCCGUACCCUCAAACUGACCACACCCACUUACGGUGACCUAAACCAUCUGGUAUCAGCCACAAUGUCUGGAGUUACCACCUGUCUCCGAUUCCCUGGUCAACUCAACGCCGAUCUCAGAAAACUCGCUGUCAACAUGGUACCUUUCCCACGUCUUCAUUUCUUUAUGCCAGGAUUUGCUCCUCUCACCUCUCGAGGUUCCCAGCAAUACCGAGCUCUGACUGUACCCGAACUCACCCAACAGAUGUUCGAUGCCAAGAACAUGAUGGCUGCCUGUGAUCCUCGUCAUGGUCGUUAUCUGACAGUAGCUGCCAUGUUCAGAGGUCGUAUGUCCAUGAAAGAGGUAGACGAACAGAUGUUGAAUGUUCAGAAUAAGAACAGCAGCUACUUUGUUGAGUGGAUUCCAAACAAUGUUAAAACUGCUGUUUGUGACAUUCCACCAAGAGGUCUGAAGAUGUCUGGAACAUUUAUUGGUAAUACGACAGCCAUUCAGGAACUAUUUAAGAGAAUCUCUGAACAGUUUACAGCUAUGUUCAGAAGAAAGGCUUUCCUUCAUUGGUAUACUGGUGAAGGUAUGGAUGAAAUGGAAUUUACUGAAGCUGAAUCCAACAUGAAUGAUCUGGUAUCUGAAUAUCAACAGUACCAGGAUGCUACAGCUGAAGAGGAGGGAGAAUUUGAUGAAGAAGAAGGGGAACAAGAUGAAGCUUAAACAAAACGUAAAAUUUAAUUUAUGUAUACAAACAGUAUAUCUAUAUAUUUAUUAAACCUGUUAUUUCAAAACUUAUUGUUGAUAUUUUCUUAGUACAUGGAGCUUUGCGUUCUGCUCUCAGUACAUCAAAAGACUUUGAAAAAAUCCGAUUCAUAUCUUACUGUUAGAGAGUUUGGCGAACUGCAAAAUGACCGCCAUAUUUGUUAUAAAAGGACCAACGCGAAGUUAUUCGCUUAUACAUAAUAAGUCAGACAGAGACUUAUUCGGAUUUAUUAAACUAAAUUUCAAGUUAUUUGGGAUUUUUUUUUCUUUUGAAUCUAUUGCAAUUAACCAUUUACAAAACAAACGUAAAUUUAUGCAUUCACUUUGAAGACUUUCUCAAUAUAUGACUGCUGUUCACGAUUUCAGUUUGGUUUGGAACAAAUUUAGCCGGAUAUCAUCAACUAGUUCAAUGUGAGCCAAUGUACCUCCAAUUGUUCUCCCACUUUAUUUCUCGUAUAAUUAAAAAUAUUAUUUUUAUAAGUUUUUGCAGCAAAAUAUGUGUCAGAAUGCAUCAAAUCAAUUCUGUUUUUCAAAAAUAAUUCAUUGGAGAACUUUCUAAAACGAUUUAUGGAAGGAUAGCGCCUAUACACUCCACCGAACUGUCGGGUUUUGUCGGACAGUCAGCUGGUGUUGAGACAUAAAAGUUUUACCCUGUUUUGUGGAAAUUUUCCGCACCCCG